CGAUCAACGAUGGCGACCCGGAGACGAAUCGGUGCGCCCGGCCUCACGAAAACGCAAGCGAUGCGGCAGGCGAGGUCGGCCGCUCUGGUAAAGGAAUAUGAACAGAAGAAGGAAACGGGAAGGCCGCAGCAAGUAGAACCACAAGUGGUCGUAAGGCGCAAGCAUGUCGUCGCUGAGCCGAAAAAGGUCGAAUUUACCAAGCCGACCAUGACGAAGGCGAUGUUGGCCCGGGUGAAGCACGCGGAGAAGUUCAAGCAAGAGUACGAGCGUAAGCGGGAGGAAGCGCUACCCAUGCGAAGGGCACCGAGAAGGACUCUCGCUCCGGUCAGCGGUGAUGCCAGAUUUGGUAGAGAGAGAGCUGCGAGACGCGCCCCGACGCCGUCGCCGCCGAUCUCGCCUCCCAGAGAAGUGAGGAGGCCAGAACUGAGGAGGCCGUCGCCGGUCAGAGCAGAAUUGCCGCCUAUCCCGGAGAGGACCAGGGAACUGGCGAGGACGAUGAACGCUCAAGUGAUCCAAGCCGAGCCGGUCGGCGAAGGGCCGAUCGACAGCAUCGUAAUACCGCCGCGGGUGGUGGACGAGAAUCGCACCACGAUCGUCAGCAUCCCCCAACCGACCGUAGAAGGCGCCGAGGCGGUAUCCGAAGUGGCGAACCGCUCGAUCCAAGUGAUCAGCGAGACCCUCGACGAGCAAGAUGCGUCGGAGGCUGCCACGGUGCAGGGCAAGCUGGAGGAUUUGCAGCAGGCGAGGCGCGAUUUUGUGAUGGCUGUGGCGAACGUCGGCGGCAAUGCCGUGCAGCUCGCCGAAGAAGAGAGACCUAGAUACAUACAGAGAGUCCCCGACAUCGAGGGAGAGAUGUUCCGCAUCGAGUACGGCAGGGAACAUCCGACCGUCGUGGCGGCGCGCGAAUUUCUUCAAAGAAGCAUGGCUGGCAUCAGGGAAAGAGAAAGGGAAAGGGAGGCGGCCAGGGAGCCUCUGCUGGAGGAUCUGCCGCCCUUCGAGGAGGAGUUCCUUCAGGACGAUAUACCGUGGGAAGAGCUCGAGGAGCCGCACGAAGAAUUCUAUGAAUAUCCAACCUUCGACCCCGAGAGGCUCGAGAGGUUCUUCGACGUAUCGGAACGGUAUCUGCCCAGUCCGCCACGUGGACCCCCGCCAGGUCGUGAGCAUUUACAUCCGGAUCUGUGGGAGCUGGAGGAUCCGUGGGCCGUCCCGUGCCAACACUGCUCGCGGCAGGACGUGUCCGAUCUCAUCCGCUUCGACAGUCCCUGAUCUUCCGUCCUUUGACUUGGCCCCGGAUCCCGAGGUGCUGUCGCAGGAUGCCGAAGAGGAGAUACCCGAGCAGCAUCUGGAGAAACGACUGUGUAAGAAUCGGAGAGAAAAUACGGGAGAAAAUCGGAGUUGCUGGAGUUCGAUUUCCGAUCUUCAGCAAUCUCCAACUCCCGAUAUAUUUCGAUUCUCUCG